AUGUCCGCCAACAAUCAAGAACCUCCUGCCCUGAGGACACGUCGACGAAGUGCCCUACCUACUCCAUCCCAGGAGGAAGAAGACAUUUCCGGUCCAAUUGAUGAUCCCGGUGUUGCUUCUACUGGUGAUGCUCCUCAGUCUUCUGGGCCAGGCGAGAAUGAGCGGACAUCUGCCUUACCUACCGACAUUCCUCUCCCUCCUUCACCUCCCAUGCCGGAAGCUCCUAACGAUGAAGGGGGCAACCACAACCCCAACUCUAGCAACACCCAAGCCCCUGGCCCAAACCACGACGAUGAUGACUAUGACGAGCCUUCAGGUUCUGACCUUCCAUCCAAUAAUGGGCAGCCAAACAAUCAUGCCCCAACUGUCCUCUUUCCUACAAAUGCUGGGGCAACUACUGCGGAGCUGACUCAGCUUCGUACUCUUGAAGUUCUCGAGCGUCUCGCUGUUACUGCUUGUGCCUCCACCACUCUUCCUACCCCUACGGCUUACUCCUCAAUCCCCACACGGGCUCUCGAGCCAGAGACCAUCACUCGGGACCGAGUCAAAGUAGCCAAUGCGCCCGAACCUCUCAGCGGAAAUCGCUCAAAGCUCGAAUACUUCAUCGCAAACAACCGUAUCUACUUCGACACAUAUCCGAGUUCUCUUAUCUCGGACAAACAGAAGAUCACCUAA